AUCACUGGUGGGUGAAUCUGAAGGAUGUGAAGUUGUGAACUGGUCGUUACCGAGAAGAAUGUCCUCCAGACUUCCUCCAGCCGCUUUCAGCCUCAGACAGUUCCUCCUCAGGCAGCAGGUCCUCGGUCUGUACCGGAGGAUCCUCCGAGGCGUGCGGCAGAUCCCGGACCCCGCUGACCGCCGCUAUAUGAAGGAGUGGGCCCGAGGGGAGUUCCGCAGGAAUCAGACGGCCACUGAUGAGGUCACCAUACGGAUGAUGAUCACACAAGGAAAGCAGCAAGUACAGAAACUAGAGACGACUCUUCAGCUGGCCCGGUCAUAGACCCCCCUAUGGUUACCACCAACCAUUGUAUAUCCUCGCAGGACGUUGGGCCAUGUUCCUCGCUGUCACGUGGAGGGACUUUACAAGGGAAGGACACAAAGUCGGGAUGGUGUUCCGGAAAUUGGACGGGAUGGUUGCUUGAUGCUUCGAGAACAUUGGCUUGUUCUACAGCUCCAUGUAUGUGGACCACAUGGAGAAAAAUAAAGAUGGACUCCUCUUAAUGUAUGACUAGAUUUAUGGAUUCCAUCAGCCUGGAGGUUUAGUAUGGAACCAACAGACCCUCGAAAACCCAAAUGUGAUGAAUGGCAAUGUCAGGUGGUCUCCUUAAGUGCCUUUUAUUGUCUCUUUUAAUUUAUUUGGAAAGUCCUUCUGUGAAUUCUA